AAACUCAAAAAUUGUGUAAGAAGAUUGAGGUUAGUGUUUGUUAUAUAUAUAUUUUUUUUACUAAUUAGUCUGAUUAGAAGGAAUAGAUUGAAAAUGCCCAAGUAUUAUUGUGAUUAUUGUGAUACCUAUUUGACUCAUGAUUCCCCUAGUGUACGAAAAACCCAUUGUACAGGAAGAAAACAUAAAGAUAAUGUAAAAUUUUAUUAUCAAAAAUGGAUGGAAGAACAAGCUCAACAUUUGAUUGAUGCCACAACGGCUGCCUUCAAGGCUGGCAAAAUUGCCAAUAAUCCUUUCGCUGCUCCAGGCAAAGGUGUUGCAAUUCCUCCUCCUGCUCAGUUAUUAGGACAAAGGCCAGGAGGACCUGGAGGACCAAAUAUGAUGCCCCCAGGUGCAAUGGGACCCGGUGGCCCAAUGCCUCCUAUGAUGAUGGGACCCCAUGGACCAAUGCCACCUAUGAUGGGUAUGAGACCUGGUCCUCCUAUGAUGGGAGUCAUGCCAAUGGGACCAAUGGGUCCGAUGGGUCCUGUUCGACCUCCUGUACAAAUGAAAUAAAUUUGUCUACGUUGUGGUGUUGUAAAUAUUGAGUGUUUUUUUAUAAUGGUUUGUGACUGAACACUUCUUGCUGUUUAACAUUAAUUGUACUAUAAUCAUUGUAGAAAGUACAGUAGCUUGCUAUUCCAUUUUUAUAUAAUAAUAUUUCAAAUAAAUAUCUUUUCUCACA